CGUGUCCGGUCUGUUCCGGAAGUGGGAGAUGCCGGGGGAAGAGGCUGGGGGCCUUUGACUCUUGCUCCCUGUAAGAGGAGCGAGACCAGCGGGGCCAUGUCGGGGUUCAGCUCCGAGCUGAUCGAUUACCUGGAAGGGAAGAUCUCCUUUGAGGAGUUCGAGAGGCGGAGGGAAGAGAGGAAAACCCGCGAGAAGAAAUCUGGUCAGGAAAAAGGAAAAGUUUUAGCUGAGGAAAAUCUAAAUGACUCAGAGGUCCCAUCUUCUUCUGGAAUUGAUUCUAUCAAAUCUCAGAGCCAAGAUAUCAAUGAAGGAGAAACAUCCGAUGGAGUCAGCAAAUCGGUCCACAGGGUCUUUGCUUCCAUGCUUGGAGAAAAUGAAGAUGAGGAAGAGGAGGAAGAAGAGGAGGAAGAAGACGAAGAAACACCAGAACAACCCACAGCAGGAGAUGUAUUUGUGUUGGAGAUGGUCCUUAAUCGAGAGACCAAGAAAAUGAUGAAAGAGAAAAGACCUCGAAGUAAACUUCCUAGAGCUCUGAGAGGGCUCAUGGGGGAAGCCAACAUCCGAUUUGCUCGAGGUGAACGUGAAGAGGCCAUACUGAUGUGCAUGGAAAUUAUAAGACAAGCUCCUCUUGCUUAUGAACCAUUUUCUACUCUUGCCAUGAUAUAUGAGGACCAAGGUGAUAUGGAGAAAUCAUUGCAAUUUGAGCUAAUUUCUGCACAUUUAAACCCUAGUGACACAGAAGAAUGGGUUAGACUGGCAGAAAUGUCACUAGAACAAGACAACAUUAAGCAAGCUAUUUUUUGCUAUACAAAAGCUCUUAAGUAUGAUCCUACAAAUGUUCGUUAUCUUUGGGAAAGAUCAAGCCUUUAUGAACAGAUGGGAGAACAUAAAAUGGCAAUGGAUGGUUAUAGACGCAUUUUAAAUCUCCUAUCCCCAUUCGAUGGAGAGCGCUUCAUGCAGUUGGCCAGAGAUAUGGCAAAGAGUUAUUAUGAAGCCAGUGAUGUCACUUCAGCUAUUAACAUAAUUGAGGAAGCUUUUUCAAAACACCAGACUCUUGUCUCCAUGGAAGAUGUUAAUAUAGCAGCAGAACUGUACAUUUCCAACAAGCAGCAUGACAAAGCGCUAGAGGUUAUUACUGAUUAUUCUGGAAUUGUGCUAUGGAAAAAAGUUAUUGAAAAAAGCAUACCGGAAGAGAAUAGAGAUUUGAUGGACAUUCAGAAGGAAGAGUCAAUGACAAAUGAAGCUUUUUCAGAGGAUGCCAUUCUUAUACCUGAAGAAAAGGUUACUUGCACUAUACCUGAAGGAGUGCCAAUUGAUAUCACUGUUAAAUUGAUGGUGUGCUUAGUUCACCUUAAUAUCCUUGAUCCACUUGAUUCACUCCUGACCACACUAGUGGAACAGAAUCCUGAAGAUAUGGGAGAUUUGUAUCUUGAUGUCGCUGAAGCUUUUCUUGAUGUUGGAGAAUAUAAUUCUGCACUUCCUCUCCUCACUGCAUUAGUCUGUUCAGAAAGAUAUAACCUAGCAGUAGUUUGGCUCCGGCAUGCAGAAUGUCUAAAAGCCUUAGGUUACAUGGAACGUGCUGCAGAAAGCUAUGGCAAAGUGGUUGACCUGGCUCCAUUACAUUUGGAUGCGAGAAUUUCCCUCUCCACUCUUCAGCAGCAGCUAGGUCGUCCUGAAAAAGCUCUGGAGGCCCUGGAACCAAUGUAUGAUCCAGAUACUCUGGCACAAGAUGCAAAUGCUGCACAGCAGGAGCUGAAGUUACUACUCCAUCGUUCCACACUGCUGUACUCACAAGGCAAAAUGUAUGGAUAUGUGGAUACCUUGCUUACCAUGUUAGCAAUGCUUUUAAAAGUAGCAAUGAAUAGAGCCCAGGUGUGUUUGAUAUCUAGUUCCAAGUCAGGGGAAAGACAUCUAUACCUGAUUAAAGUAUCAAGAGACAAGAUAUCAGACAACAAUGACCAGGAGACAGCAAACUGUGAUGCAAAAGCCAUAUUUGCUGUACUCACAAGUGUCCUGACAAAAGAUGACUGGUGGAAUCUGCUGUUGAAGGCCAUCUAUUCCCUGUGUGACCUUUCCCGAUUUCAGGAGGCCGAGCUCCUGGUGGAUUCUUCACUGGAAUAUUACUCCUUUUACGAUGAUAGACAGAAACGCAAAGAGCUUGAAUACUUUGGUCUUUCAGCUGCAAUUCUCGACAAAAACUUUAGAAAAGCAUACAACUACAUCAGGAUUAUGCUCAUGGAAAAUGUGAAUAAACCUCAGCUGUGGAACAUCUUUAAUCAAGUUACUAUGCAUUCUCAAGAUGUACGGCACCAUCGUUUUUGUCUUAGAUUAAUGCUCAAAAACCCAGAUAAUCAUGCUCUCUGUGUCUUAAAUGGACACAAUGCAUUUGUAUCUGGUAGUUUCAAACAUGCACUUGGCCAGUAUGUGCAAGCUUUUCGCACCCAUCCAGAUGAACCUCUCUACAGCCUUUGUAUAGGAUUAACAUUUAUUCACAUGGCUUCUCAGAAGUAUGUAUUAAGAAGGCAUGCACUUAUUGUGCAGGGAUUUUCCUUUCUUAACCGGUACCUAAGUCUCCGUGGACCUUGCCAAGAAUCAUUUUAUAACCUAGGACGUGGCCUUCACCAACUGGGGCUGAUGCAUAUUGCAAUCCAUUAUUACCAGAAGGCCCUUGAGCUCCCUCCACUUGUACUAGAGGGUAUUGAAAGUGACCAGUUAGAUUUGCGAAGAGAUAUUGCGUACAACCUGUCGCUGAUUUAUCAAAGCAGUGGAAAUAUGGGAAUGGCUCGAAAGCUGUUGUAUACCUAUGGAACUAUAUAAGUUAUCUUGGCAAGAAAUGAAGUUUUUAUGCAACUGCUGUGAACUAUGAUUUUGCUUUAUGACUCAGGACAGGUGUUUUGGUCACCCUGAAGGACCUUAAGGAAAUUAUUAAUUUGGCAUUAUUUAACAUUAGGAAGUGUUCUUUUUAUUAUAAAUAAGUACAAGUGUAUAUGUGUUUUAAAAUGUCUGAUAAUGCUGUUUGGAAUGUAACUUUCUGUGUAUCCCUGUGGAUUCCUGUACACAUCCUAGAUUUUUAAACUUUUUGUCAGGACAGACUUUACCCAUCCUUUAAUAAACCAUGAGAAAGCAUUUGUCAGUCUAUUCUGAACCUGUACUGGGCAGUAUUAAAUAUUGAACCAGUACUUUGUAUUCAAGUCUGCUAUUUUUUCUUUGUUCCUUGUUAACUUCUGAGGUGCUAUUCAAAGACUUAAUGUUUCUAAACAUAUUCUCUCAAUGAAGGACUUGAGAAACUAUGAAAGUAUUUUUAAACAUGUCUGUAUUAUACUGCAUUAUAUAUUGUGAUUGUUGUCCAGGCAACUAUUUCUUGGUACUUUGUUUCAACUUUUUUUCUUUGACUCUUGGAGAAGCCAGAUUUUCAUACAUGUUCAAUAAAUCAAUAUUCCCUGGCUAAGGAAAGACUAUUUCCAUAAGACAAAAACAGCCAGCUGCUUUAGUCCCUUAGUGCAAAAUUAACCCAAUAGGUUGUUUUGUUUUCUCAGUUUUAUUGGAUUUUUCGUAUUUAUGCUGCCAUUGAUGUCUCUGUUAUCAAGGUCGUGAUUAUUUCUGUAAGAUAGAUACCACUCUCUCAAAGACUGAACCAGUUCAAAAAAUCUUGUACUGGGGAAAGGGGGAAUCACAGCUUCUUUGCUUGUUGUGGCUUUGAGGAAGAACAACACGGUGCUAUUUCAAGGUCACUAUGAUGAUUGGGGAAGCUGGUAAACUGGUUAAGGUUAGAGACAUCGGAAUAUUUCAUAGAUAAUGCAAAAGAUGAAAUAAAAGACAAAAAACUGACAUAACUUGUGAUCUUAAAUAUUACUUCCUGGGAAAUCUUACUAAUGCUUUACUGAUAUGCACUUAACUUUUCUAGUUUAGAAGCAGGACUUUUAUUUACUGAAUAAAUGUAUCAUAUUUUGGGAAA